AUGCGACAAGAGAAGGCGGCCACAUGGAGUGAUAUCCCGACUUCUGUGCUGCGAGCUGAAUUGCUACGCCGGCAAACCAACGAGCACAAUGACAGGCCUGCGUGUGGAACUGCUGGCUCCAACAAGGACUACAACAUGCCUCUGCAUGUCUUUGCUCUGAUCUUGAUUCUUGUUCUCAGCACACUGGCAUGCUCCUUUCCCCUUCUUGUUCGACGGGUCCCUCGGAUGCCAGUACCACGUCAGUUCCUCUUUCUGUCAAGGCAUUUUGGAACCGGUGUCUUGAUCGCUACCGCCUUUGUGCAUCUGUUGCCCACCGCCUUCACCUCCCUGACCGAUCCAUGUCUCCCGCCCUUCUGGAACCAAGGAUACCCCGCCAUGGCUGGCUUCAUUGCCAUGAUAUCGGUUAUGCUGGUUGUCGGUAUUGAGAUGUUCUUUGCCACAAAAGGAGCCGGCCAUUCCCACUCAAGCGAAUAUGUAACGCCCGGUGAAGAACACGAAGACAUGGCUCCCCUGACGAGAGGCAGCCACGAGGGAUUCGCAAGACCAUCCCGCCCCCGGAGUAAUAGUUAUCGGCGUUUCAACCAGGGACAGAUAGGUGUAGAGGAAGAUGGCAUCGAGGAUGCGACUCUACAGGACGCUUCGCCCUGGCAGGAGCAUGAGAGGUACAAUGACGUGGGACAUCCGAGUCGCAAAGGGAUUACCAGCCAUAGCGAUGCAGGCAGCAACUCAGACCUUGAUCUGGAUGAAUUGGACGAACUGGAUGCUCACACGAAUGGGAAUGGAUCAUCAUCUAAAAUUCAAGGGCAUGAUUCGGGCCCGAGCUUGGAAAGGACUGGAUCGCCUUCGGAUCAACAGCAGCAACAGAAGAUGCUGUUACAGUGCCUACUCCUCGAGGCAGGCAUCCUCUUCCACAGCAUCUUCAUAGGUAUGGCGGUGUCGGUGGCUACAGGGACGUCGUUCAUCGUGCUGCUUGUGGCCAUAUCUUUCCACCAGACAUUUGAAGGAUUGGCACUUGGGUCUCGCAUCGCGGCUAUAACGAUAUUUCCAAAAAGAUCACCACGCCCGUGGCUUAUGGCAUUAGCGUACGGAACGACGACGCCACUGGGACAGGGGAUUGGACUUUUGGUGCAUAAUCUCUACGACCCGUUCAGUCAGACGGGACUACUCAUGGUGGGUAUCAUGAAUGCGAUCAGCAGUGGACUGUUGUUAUUCGCAGGCUUGGUGGAACUAUUGGCGGAGGACUUUUUGAGCGACGAGAGCUACGAGGUGCUCCGUGGACGAAAACGGUUGCAAGCAUGCGGCGCGGUGGUUGCUGGAAGUUUACUCAUGGCCUUGGUUGGAGCAUGGGCUUAA